AUGAAUUAUGUUCUUAUUGCAGGAAAUGACUUAGAUACGUACGAACAGCAGCUGCUGGAACUUCAGCAAAGACUGUUGUAUGCUGACAUGGAAAACAAAAAAAGAUCACAUGAACUGAGCAGUGCCCUACAUGAAAUCAAAAAUAUAGCUGCAAGAGGAAUGAACAUGACAGAAAAUCUCACAGGUGAAUUAAAGUGGAAAGAGUAUACCCUGCCCAGAAAACUCCCCGUGCACCUUACAAAUAUCUACUACUAUCUCCCUCACCUGCGAGAAUAUGAAGAUGCAAUUUUCCCAAAUGUUAUCUUUGGGCAGCAGAGAACUGGAGUCUCCCUGGUGAUGGGUAUUCCUACAGUGAAAAGGGAAAAACAAAAUUACCUGAUUGAUACUCUGCAUUCCUUGCUGUACCAACUCUCUGAGGAGCAGAAGAGGGACUGUGUAAUAAUCAUCUUUGUAGCAGAGGUGGAUGCAGAGUAUGUUAAGAGUGUUGCAGAAAGUGUUAAAACCAGCUUCCCCAGAGAAGUCCAGUCUGGAGUCCUGGAGGUUGUUUCUCCUCCUGCUUCCUAUUACCCAGACCUUUCCAACCUGCAGAAAACGUUUGGAGAUUCUGAGGACCGAGUAAGGUGGAGAACUAAACAGAAUUUGGACUAUAGCUUUUUAAUGCUGUAUGCUCAGCCUAAGGGAACAUUUUAUUUACAGCUGGAAGAUGAUAUUAUAGCCAAGCCUGAUUUUGUUGAGAGCAUAAAAAGCUUUGCUGCUCAGCAGUCCCAAGAUUGGAUGGUUCUUGAGUUCUCACAGCUUGGAUUUAUUGGAAAAUUGUUUAAAUCAGAAGACUUACCACAUAUAGUGGAGUUUUUUCUCAUGUUCUAUAAGGAUAAGCCUGUAGACUGGCUCAUAGACCACCUGCUCUGGGUUAAAGUGUGCAAUCCAGAGAAGGAUGCAACACACUGUGAGAAGGAAAAGUCAAAGUUGCGUGUCCGUGCUAAGCCAUCUCUCUUUCAGCACGUGGGAACCUUUUCAUCCUUGGCUGGGAAGAUACAGAAUUUGAAAGAUAAAGAUUUUGGAAAAAUGUUGCUACAUAAAGCACAUAAUAAUCCACCUGCAAAAGUGGACACAAGCCUAAAAAUAUACGAGCAAUAUACCCUGGAAAAAGUUUACAAAGGACAAGACUGUUUUUGGGCCUUAGCUCCAGUGGCAGGUGACUACAUCAGGUUCACAUUUUUAAAUCCACUAGAAGUUGAAAAGUACUUGUUCAGAAGUGGGAACGUGGAGCACCCUGGUGAUAAACUGUUUAACACCACUGUGGAAGUGCUGCCAGCUGAUAAAACGCUAAGAAAAGAAUUGAUUCACAAUGGAAGUAAAUUUAACUACCCAGCAACAAAAGACGGAUAUUUAAAAAUAGGGGCUUUUGAAAAUGGCACAGCAGAAGGCAGCAUCAGCCAGGCAAUAGGAAGAAUAGAGGCCAUUCGUUUAUCAGUCAGCUCUGACUCUCCAGUCUGGGCAAUACUCAGUGAGGUACUUAUCAAGACAUCUGAAAACUGAAAAAAAUACAUUUUUGAUGUGUCACUUGUUAUGUAUUUCUGGUAAACAAGGCUGACUUCAACAAAACAAAACAAAAAGACUGGGACAAAAGAUCUAAUUCCAUGCCCAUUUAGUUAUUAAUGCUCUGUAUUAGGAAAGAGUUGGGAUAAAUCUUAGGUCUUUAUAUGACAAGGUAUAUGAAAAGAAUGUUAGUAAUUUCGAUAACAUGUUCUUGAGAAAUAUGUCAUAUAUAAACAUUAAAAAGAUAUUAUUGCAAGCAAUUGAUAAGGCAUUACAGCCUGCCUCAGGGACCAAAGCAUAAAGGUGUAAGGAGUUUCACCAGAAAUAAAAACACAGGCAUAUAAUAUGAAUAUUUUUUUGAAAAAUAUUCAGGACACGGUGUUCAACUCCAUUGAAAACACUGGUCAGUUUUGUAGGGAAAUUAGAACUGAAGGAAAAGUUGUCAAUAUUCAUUGCAGGUAUUUAAAGUAGUUCACAGGAACAACUUAAAGUUAUGGAAAUUGAUCUCGAACUAAAUAUAAAUGUGUUUCAGCCUUAAUGUGCCAUAAGUUAUGUUAAAUAUUUUUUUCAAUAAAAAUUACCUACAAAUUACCAUGUGAAUAACUUGAAACUUAAACAAGUAUUUUUUGGAAGACUGUAUAACUUCUCAGUGAAUUCUGCAUUGAAUUAAUUACAGGAAAUAAGGGUAUUAUGUGUAACUAUAUUUUUGUAAAAAGAAAAUCUAUUUAAAUAAAAUUUUGGAUCCUGAAAUUAGAUAAUCAGCGUGUACUGACAUUUCAAUUCUUGUCACAAGUUCAAAUUCAACAUAAAUUUGAAAAUAAAGGGUAAACCACAGCAGUCUCAUUUGAAAAGAUUUUGGGAAAUGACAAUCUACCUUGGACAUCUAAUGGUCAGAAUUCCUUAGCACAUAGAGCACA